GUAGCCACUAGGAAGUAACAUCUACAAACAAGUACUGACAAAGUGCUGACAAUGAUGCACAUGGUGACUUCAGAUGCCGGAUGAUGAGAACCCUUGUGGACUCGCCCAAGGAGGACCUAAGGCUCUGUUCACAUCACAGCUGUAAAUAUGUGUUGAGUGUGUACACUUGGAAGCCUAUUCUGUUGUAUACUCUAACGCGCCCAUAAACCCCAAAACUUUUAUCUAAUUGUGAUGGAAAGCAUCAACUUCACUUUUCAACACAAGUCAGGUUUCAGCACUACAUCAUCCUACCAGUUAAUGUCUUUUUGCCAAGAUCAUUUUCCUGUCUAAUCCAGUAAUGAUGAAUAAGAACAGAAAUACGAUGGCCAAGAGGAUAUUAAAUAUCACCCUGGAGAUCAUCUACCUGCUGACUGGAAAGGAUUACGCACUAGUGAAGAAGACAUCUAGUGAACAAAGUCAAGCCAUGGUGUCUGAAGGAUCGGUUAGACUUCUGAGCCCCAUCACAGAGCCUCCACCUCAGAACCUGAUACAGGAAGAAAUCAAUGAGCAGAAGAUCCUAGAACUCACCAACAAAAUCAGUGAGCUGCUGACUGGAGAGGUUUCUUUUAGGUGUCAGGAUGUCACUGUCUGUUUCUCUAUGGAGGAGUGGGAGUACUUAGAAGAGCACAAAGAAAUGUACAAAGACAUCAUGAUGGAGAAUAACCAGCUUCUCACAUCAGCAGAUGACUUUAGCAAGAAAAGUACACCAGAGAGUUGUCCAAGCACUAUUUAUUCCCAGGAUUGUCCAGGAGAAAGACACAAUGUUCAACAGGAUUAUAAGGAUGAUGAUCUUAAUAACAUCAAAAUUGAAGUUAUAGUAGGAGAAGAAGAGGCAUGUAUGUUGCGGUAUCAACAGUGUAAGGAGGAGACAAUAUCUACAGCUAUCAGUCCAGAUGAUUGGACCAGUGGUUCAAAGGAAGAUUUUGUUUUAGGUGGCAGUGUUAUUCAAGAUAAGUAUGGAGAACAGUACAUCACACCAAAUGUUCCCUUGGUCCUUCACAGCAGAGAUCUUUCUACAGAUCCCACUAAUCACAAAGAUGCUUCAUCUAGUCAAUCACAGACUGUAAAACAAAAUAGAGGGCAUGGAGAAGAAAGACUAUUUCCUUGUUCUGAAUAUGAGACGUGCUUCAAAACGAUAUCUAAUCUUUCUAAGCACAAAAGAAUUCACAGAAAUGAAAAUUCAUUUUCAUGUCCAGAAUGUGGGAAAUGUUUCAAAAAGAAAUCUAAUCUGUCUAUUCACAAAAGAAUUCAUAGAGAUGAAAGAAAAUUUGCAUGUCCGGAAUGUGGGAAAUGUUUUACCACAAAAUCAGAUCUUGUUAAACAUAAGAGAAUUCACACAGGGGAAAAACCAUUUUCAUGUUCAGAAUGUGGCAGAUGUUUUACCUGGAAAUCAGAUCUUGUUAAACAUCAGAGAAUUCACACAGGGGAAAAACCAUUUUCAUGUUCAGAUUGUGGGAAAUGCUUUACCCGGAAAUCAGAUCUUGUAAAACAUGAACGAAUUCACACGGGUAAAAAGCCAUAUUCAUGUUCAGAAUGUGCAAAAUGUUUCACCCAGAGAUCAAAUCUUGUUGAGCAUCAAAAAAUUCACACUGGGCAAAGACCAUUUUCAUGUUCAGAAUGCAGAAGAUGUUUUACCCGGAAAUCAAAUCUUGUGGAACAUCUAAGAAUCCAUACAGGUGAGAAGCUGUCCUUAGGUUUGGAAUCUGGAAAACUUUGUACAAUGAAAGGUCCUUUUAAAAAAACAUUUGGGGUUUGGCCCUAGGGAGAAGCAAUUUUUUUCUAUUUUGUAUGGGGAAUGUUUUAAUCAUAAGUCAGGUCUUAUUGAACAUCAUAAACUUCAUGUUCACACUUUUCCAUGAUUUAGAAAUUUUAUUAAAUGUUGUACACAUCGGAAAGGAGAGAUCCAUUGUAGAAUUUUACCGCAGAACAGUACCUGUGUAAGUUUUUUUUUUUUUUUUUCUAGUAUACAUUAUUGGGCUUGGUACUAGUGGUUGAUAGAGUGGUGUAAUAGUUCUGUGCAUGCUGAGCCUAGGAUAGGCACUCACUGUAUACCCCAUUGAGCAUAGUAUAGUGCUUGGGCCUCAUAACUUCUAUAGACUAUGUGGAAAUUAGCUAAAUAGCUUAUCCCAUGAUUAAUGUAAACAAUGAAAACCAGAUAUCAUAUAGUACACAACAUUUUUCUCCAGCAAACCUAGAACCAGCCCUGUACCUCACAUGGAUCCAGAGAUCUUCACAUUCU